UGGGCAGGGCCGCGUUGCGUCAUCAGGGCGCGCGCCGCAGAAAGCGCUGUGGUUGCCGGAAGUUGAGUGGCGUAGGCAAGAAAUAAUGGCAGCAACUACGGGGGAUCCUGGACUCUCUAAACUGCAGUUUGCCCCCUUUAGCAGUGCCUUGGAUGUUGGGUUCUGGCAUGAGUUGACCCAGAAGAAGCUGAAUGAGUAUCGGCUGGAUGAAGCUCCCAAGGACAUUAAGGGUUAUUACUACAAUGGUGACUCUGCUGGGCUGCCAGCUCGCUUAACAUUGGAGUUCAGUGCUUUUGACAUGAGUGCUCCCACCCCAGCCCGUUGCUGCCCAGCUGUUGGAACACUGUAUAACACCAACACACUCGAGUCUUUCAAGACUGCAGAUAAGAAGCUCCUUUUGGAACAAGCAGCAAAUGAGAUAUGGGAAUCCAUAAAAUCAGGCGCUGCUCUUGAAAACCCUGUACUCCUCAACAAGUUCCUCCUCUUGACAUUUGCAGAUCUAAAGAAGUACCACUUCUACUAUUGGUUUUGCUAUCCUGCCCUCUGUCUUCCAGAGAGUUUACCUCUCAUUCAGGGGCCAGUGGGUUUGGAUCAAAGGUUUUCGCUAAAACAGAUUCAAGCACUUGAGUGUGCAUAUGAUAAUCUUUGUCAAACAGAAGGAGUCACAGCUCUUCCUUACUUCUUAAUCAAGUAUGAUGAGAACACGGUGCUGGUUUCCUUGCUUAAAUGCUACAGUGAUUUCUUCCAAGGUCAAAGGACAAAGAUAACAAUUGGUGUAUAUGAUCCCUGUAACUUAGCCCAGUACCCUGGAUGGCCUUUGAGGAAUUUUUUGGUCCUAGCAGCCCACAGAUGGAGUAGCAGUUUCCAGUCUGUUGAAGUCCUUUGCUUCCGUGACCGUACCAUGCAGGGGGCGAGAGAUGUUGCCCACAGCAUCAUCUUCGAAGUGAAGCUUCCAGAAAUGGCAUUUAGCCCAGAUUGUCCUAAAGCAGUUGGAUGGGAAAAGAACCAGAAAGGAGGCAUGGGACCAAGGAUGGUGAACCUCAGUGAAUGUAUGGACCCUAAAAGAUUAGCUGAGUCAUCAGUGGAUCUAAAUCUCAAACUGAUGUGUUGGAGAUUGGUCCCUACAUUAGACUUGGACAAGGUUGUGUCUGUCAAAUGUCUGCUGCUUGGAGCUGGCACCUUGGGUUGCAAUGUAGCUAGGACGUUGAUGGGUUGGGGCGUGAGACACAUCACAUUUGUGGACAAUGCCAAGAUCUCCUACUCCAAUCCUGUGAGGCAGCCUCUCUAUGAGUUUGAAGAUUGCCUAGCGGGUGGUAAGCCCAAGGCUCUGGCUGCAGCGGACCGGCUCCAGAAAAUAUUCCCUGGAGUGAAUGCCAGGGGAUUCAACAUGAGCAUCCCCAUGCCUGGGCAUCCAGUGAACUUCUCCAGUGUCACUCUGGAGCAGGCCCGCAAGGAUGUGGAGCAACUGGAGCAGCUCAUCGAAAACCAUGAUGUCAUUUUUCUGUUGAUGGACACCAGGGAGAGCCGGUGGCUUCCUGCUGUCAUUGCUGCAAGCAAGAGAAAGCUGGUCAUCAAUGCUGCUUUGGGAUUUGACACAUUUGUUGUCAUGAGACAUGGCCUGAAGAAACCAAAGCAGCAAGGAGCUGGGGACUUGUAUCCAAACCACCCUGUGGCAUCUGCUGACCUCCUGGGCUCAUCACUUUUUGCGAACAUCCCUGGUUACAAGCUUGGCUGUUACUUCUGUAAUGAUGUGGUGGCCCCAGGAGAUUCAACCAGAGACCGGACCUUGGACCAGCAGUGCACUGUGAGUCGUCCAGGAUUGGCCAUGAUUGCAGGAGCCCUGGCUGUGGAAUUGAUGGUAUCUGUUUUGCAGCAUCCAGAAGGGGGCUAUGCCAUUGCCAGCAGCAGUGACGAUCGUAUGAACGAGCCUCCGACCUCUCUUGGGCUUGUGCCUCACCAGAUCCGGGGAUUUCUUUCACGGUUUGAUAAUGUCCUUCCCGUCAGCCUGGCAUUUGACAAAUGUACAGCUUGUUCUUCCAAAGUUCUUGAUCACUAUGAACGAGAAGGAUUUAAUUUCCUAGCCAAGGUGUUUAAUUCUUCACAUUCAUUCUUAGAAGACUUGACUGGUCUUACAUUACUGCAUCAAGAGACCCAAGCUGCCGAGAUCUGGGACAUGAGCGACGAUGAGACUUUCUGAGCCGGCCCUGUGUGUGCGACUGACAUCUCCCGGCGGCCUGCUGAGGAGCAUCUGUCACCGGAGCAGGACUGCUGACCCUGGGCCUGGUGAUUCUGAGCCCUGGGCCCCUCCAAUCUCUCCGGUCUCCUCCUUUCCAUACCCUGAGGACUGGGACCCCCUCCACUGCCCAGGAACAGCCAGUGUUCAGCAUUGCUUGGGAUUCACGAUGCAGCCAGUUCAGAGCUAAAUAAUAACCUUGGCUUUGGCCUUGCUGUUGACCUGGGACUUGGUCCCUCCGUGCAGUUUUCUUUUCUUGUCAGUGUUUGAUAGCCAAGCCCCCAGGAUCCUUAUCCCUCGGUCCCCAGGGGGUGGCCCAACACAGACCAAAUGGGGAAGUAAGCAACCUGCUCUGCCCAUGCGCCACAAACCCCACUGCAGGCUCCUCCUGUGGGGGCCCUGGGCAUGGGUAGGGUGGGACCCUGUGACUGCACUGCAGCCUGGCCCUGGGGGAGGGGAAAGGGAAGGAGAGCUGAGCAGGGUGCGGGACUAAAGGGCCACACUCGUCCCAGUGACCCCAGAUCUCCACCACGGAUGGAGUGAGCCGCCCAGACAAGGCUUUCCUGCCUCCCGGCCUGUCCUCAGCUAUGGGCAUAUAAUCUGUGCCUGCCUGCCUGAGGCAGAGGAGUUUCUGCUGCUGCCUUGAGCUGGGGGAAGAGCCCAGGAAUAGAUCCUGGAUGAAGCUCUUCCCAUCCCUGCCCCUGUGAGCAUGACAGGCCCAGAAGGCUGAGCCAGGGCUCCCUUCCUGCCCCAGCUGAGGAGGGGUCAGAUGGCUCUACCAUAAUAUUUUCCUCGUUAUUCUGGGUGUGUGCAGCUGUGAGGCCCAGAGAGCAGGGUAUGGAAAUCCAGAGGAGGCCUAGGUGCCUCUGCCCACCCUGCCCCAUCCCUGUUGUACUGGGACCGCAGACCCCUCCCUUCUAAGAUGAUGUAGAAGGCAUCGUCCCUGGAGCAGUGUAGGAGCCAGAGGCUCCCUUCCUGCUAUUUUAUUUUUUCAGCUUUCAUUCAUCUUAGGCCCAGAACCAAAGUCAAAAUUGAGUCUGGGCUGACCCUUAAAAUAGUGGGAUUUGGUAUAGUAGAUUUCAAAUAAGGGCUUCUCCCGAAGUAGCCAGUCCAAGGUCCAGUGGCUGUCACUCAGCUCAUGGGAGCUUCGUGGGGACACAGCCGGACAGGUGCAGGGCCCGAGUCCACCCCCCCAGCCCAGUGCUGAAACUCCAGGGUUGAAGAGCCACACGUACACUAUGUAGUUUAAGAGCACUUUAUUAUUGUUCUUAAGGCUACUUUUAAGUACAAAAAAAGAUGGCCUGCCAAACCUUUUUUUUUUCUUCUUCCAGGAAAAACAGGCCACAGAGAAUGGUAUAUUACAGAUUUACACACAUGGAGAGAAGGUCAGAGCGCACGGUAGACGGCGCGGCUCUGGAAGAACUUCACGGAGCCCCUUCUUAGAGCAGGGAGGGGCUCUUUCUCAGUGAAAUGUUUGGUUUUCUGCUGCCCCCUCUGCCCGAGGCCCCUCCAGGGUACCGCCUAUCCCAGAUAGGUCAGUGCGCCAGGGACCCAGCCGCCAGCACCGCUGACCCCCCCCCCCCCGAGUGACGCUCUUGUUCACUGACAAAGAGACCUGUCCCAGGAGUGUCCUCCACCGAGCCGGUCAGCAGUGGGAUGUUUUCCUGUCACGACACUCAGUAGCCUGUAGCAAUAACAAACUAGUGGCUAGUAAUGCAGAUGCAGUGUUCUCAUAGAAUAACUGUGUUCCUGCACUUUUACAGACGAAUCUACGACAAAAAAAAGAUCAACUUUUUUUUCCAAACAAAAAAAUAUGAAUGAUUACAAUAGGAAAGGGAAAAAUUAAAUAGCUACAUAUCAUUAACAAAUUAAUGUUCUUCAAAAAAUACCUACAAAUUUCUCUGUACAUUCUUUACGCACAGCGUAAUGAUGGUCUUAAAAUUACCUAUAUAAAAAAAGUGUUCUCAACGAUUUUUCCUACAGAAAAUAUAGGGGCCUGAAUGCCAAAGCCAAGCUUGGAAGCCCAGUAGAGUGGGAGUGAAAUGUGUGCGGGGCGAGGAGAAGGGCUUUUCCUCCGCUUUCCAAAGGCCGGCAGCACCCUGUGCCUAUAGCAAGAGCCACCCUCUGACCUUUUCAGCCAGUGCCCGGUUCCCAAAUCCAACAGUGGAACUGUAAAACCAGGGCUCCUGCUGUGUACAUGAGGCCAUAAAGCCUUGCAGGGGAGGUGACCACGCCUGUGUCACCUGGUCAGGUGGCGGCUGCGUGAGCUUCUGGUGGGCCAGGUGGGACAUAGCACACCCUGGUGGAGGGGAUAGAAACGCUCAUUGACCAAAAAGAGCAGCAGCUGUGACUUCCACAACUGUGUCUGUCAUGCUUGAUUCAUCUAAUUUCUAGUUAGUAACUAUUAAUAUAGCGAAUAAUAAAUGCAGUAAUAACGGUAUAAAGUCAGAGGAAUGUAUACUACCUUGGCCCCAGCGUACGAGGAAGCAUAAGAAACACUAUUAUCACAGAUUGUCAGUAAUCUGCUGUUCAGCCAAGAGUCCAAAGGGAGCAGUUUCUGCAUGUAGGGAAUUUGGAAGACACAAACCCCACCUCCCCUGGGAGCUUAUAACAAAGCAGACAGGGAUGCAAAAAUAAAUGAUGUCAGUCUGCAGCACAACUCCAGCAUCCCACACCGCAGCUGACCACUGCUCAUCGCGAGGGCCGGCCAGGAGCUGGCCUCCCGCACUACUUGUGAGUAAAGUGAAUAUCAAAUACAAAUCUUAGAGUACAACUGUACCAGCAGUAAGUAUAUCUAGGACUGUAACUGACAAAAAUAAACUAAUUCUGACAAGAAGAUAGUAUUAAGUUUUUGUUUACUGCCUAUAUAAUUAAUAGAAACCAGCUAUUUUUUCUCCAUUAAAACAUGCAUCACGUUUAAAGCACUAUGGAAUCCUCCAACCUCAGCUCUAGUCUAACAAACUGCAGUGUUCAGAGAAAGUAAAAUGCCCGUGAUUGGUAGAGUCUGCAGUCCAGUUGCAAGCACCUGAAAUCUAGAGAGAGAAAGACCUAUAACCUGUAUGAGACUUCCCCUUCCAAAGCUGUA